AUGGCGACGGACCAACUUAAGGCGUUGGCUGGCCAAACCAAUGGAGGACUUCAGCCAGAAGUUCCUAGCAUGCCAUUGGCGAAGAUAAAAAGCAUCGAGUAUUUCCGAGUCAAGCCUAGAUGGCUAUUUGUCAAGAUCUGCGAUGAUCAAGGGAAUUAUGGCUGGGGUGAAGCAACCCUCGAAGGUCAUACGAAGGCCAUUGAAGGUGCACUUGAUGAGAUUAUAGACCGUAUCAUUGGCUAUGAAGCAGAUGACAUUGAACAUAUCUGGCAGACAAUAUGGAGGUUGGGAUUUUAUCGUGGAGGUCCGGUUUUCAUGUCCGCCCUGUCUGGCAUUGAUAUUGCUCUGUGGGACUUGAAAGGGCGAAGAAUGAGAGCGCCAAUUUACCAACUCCUAGGCGGCAAGGUCCGCAACAAGGUGCAAGUUUAUGCAUGGAUCGGCGGAGAUCGGCCGAAGGAUAUCGAAGUCGCAGCCAAAGCACGCCUUGCACAGGGUCUGAAGUGCAUCAAAAUGAACGCCACCGAGGACAUCAACUGGCUCGACUCGCCAUCUGCUCUGGACUCGACGAUCGAACGGCUCAAGACGGUCAAAGCUCUCGGUCUGGACGCCGGGCUCGAUUUCCAUGGCCGUUUGCACAAACCCAUGGCGAAGCAACUAGCCAAAGCACUCGAGCCGUACCGUCCUCUGUUUAUCGAGGAGCCUCUGCUGGUCGAGCAUCCAGAGGGGUACAAACAGUUGUCCGAUCUCACCACUGUCCCUAUAGCUACAGGCGAGCGCCUGUACACGCGAUGGGACGUCAAGCGGUUUCUUGAGGAUGCCAGCAUCGAUAUCUUGCAGCCGGAUAUUGCUCACGCGGGCGGCAUUUCUGAGACCAAGCGCAUUGCAAACAUGGCGGAGGCAUAUGACGUGGCGAUUGCACCGCACUGUCCGCUUGGUCCGAUUGCAUUGGCCGCUUGCAUCCAGGUCGACUUGUGCACUCCGAAUUUCGUCAUCCAGGAAAUGUCGUUGGGCAUGCACUAUAACGUGGAAGCAGGUGAGGAGGAUCUGAACACCUACCUCGUCGAUCAGACCGUGUUCAAUAUCGAAGAUGGAUACGUCAAGGCGCCAACGGGAGUGGGAUUGGGAAUUGAAAUCAAUGAGGAUGUGGUGCGGAGCAUAGCGAAGACGACGGAGCCCUGGCAGUGUAAGGAAUUCUAUGGGCCGGAUGGGUCGAUUAGGGAGUGGUAG